AUGUCAUUGAGAUUGCAACCACCCAGACAUUUAGUUAAGAGACCCAGACAUCCACGAGAUCCUGACAUCCACCCACCCAGACACCUGAGAAUCCUGACAUCCGGCCACCCAGACAUUUAUUUUCACCACCCACACACCUGUACAUCCAGUCACCCAGCCACCCAGACAUUAUGCUUAAACACCCACACACCUGUACAUCCGGACAUUCGUCCACCCAGUCAUCCCGCCCCGUUUCUUUUUUCCUUCUUUACCGUCUUUGCGACCCUUCCAUCUGUUACCCGGCCCGCCCCUUCCAAUUGCCUCCGCCCCGAUGUUUCUUUUUUUUUGGUAGGUCUGUUCUUUUGGCUCAUUUCCCCGGAAAAAAGCAACUCCUCCCACUUCUUUUGGUCGCUAGCCACGAGCAACAAUCGGGAGUCCCAGGAUACGAAAUAUCACUCAUCACAGUAUCUCUACCGGCAAUAUAUAAAAAUGCAAAAGCGAUGA